GGGCCUCCGUACAACAACCAGAGAAAUUAAAGUAAGGAAAGUUAGUUGAUUCGCACGCUGUUUCUCUCCCAGCUACCCAGGAAAACCAUGGCAUGUUUGCCUUCAUUUGCUUUUAUUUCCAUCCUUUUCCCUCAACACUUUCACACUAUUAGGAAAUUAGCUUAUCUUUGUGCUUCUGCGUAUGAGCAAUAUCCCUGUACAAGACCAAUCUUUGGCCUUGCAUAUCUGCUUUGUUUAGCUCAUGUAGAGAGAAAAGAUCGAAGAUCAUGGCCACCUCCAGUGAAGACAGCAGAAUAGAGUAUGCUGAAGAUGAGCCUUACGAGCCUAUAUUGCAUGACAAAAGAUCAUUCUCCGGGGAGCCAGUGAGUUCUGAACUUGAAGAAAUACUAUCUGUCAUGGAAUUUCCCCGCUCUCAACGAAUCCUCAGAGCCACUAGGCUUGAACUGAAAAUCCUGUCUCGUCUAGCAGCACCAGCAAUUGUGGUUUACUUGCUCAAUUUUUUAAUUUCCAUAUCCACACAUGUUUUUUGUGGUCAUCUUGGCAAUCUUCAACUUGCUGCUGCCUCUCUUGGCAAUACUGGUGUCCAAGGCUUUGUCUAUGGCAUUGUGUUUGGAAUGGGAAGUGCAGUGGAGACACUAUGUGGACAAGCCUAUGGAGCACGAAGAUAUGAAAUGCUAGGCAUAUAUAUGCAAAGAUCCACAAUUCUUCUCACUUUAUCUGGGCUUGUGCUUAUGUUUAUCUACAUCUUCUGCAAGCCUAUCUUACUGGGACUACACGAAUCUCCUUCCAUUGCAUCUGCAGCUGCAAUUUUUGUCUAUGGUUUAAUUCCACAAAUCUUUGCUUACGCCUGCAAUUUCCCCAUACAAAAGUUCUUGCAAGCUCAAAGUGUAAUUUUCCCUAGUGCAUGCAUUUCGGCUGGUACUCUUGUACUCCAUGUACUACUAAGUUGGGUUGUAAUUUUCAAGCUCGGAGGAGGGUUGUUGGGUGCAGCAUUGGUUACGAGCCUUUCAUGGUGGAUUAUAGUGGUGGCCCAGUUUGUGUACAUUCUAGCAAGCAAGAAGUUCAAGCACACCUGGAGGGGUUUUAGUAUCCAGGCCUUCUCUGGGUUAUGGGAUUUCUUCAAGUUGUCCCUUGCAUCAGGUGUUAUGCUAUGCCUUGAAUGUUGGUACUAUCAGAUACUAACGUUGAUCGCAGGGCUGCUUAAAAAUGCCGAAGUUUCCUUGGAUGCUCUAUCCAUCUGCAUGACAAUAAAUGGUUGGUGCUUUAUGAUCUCGGUCGGUUUUCAGGCAGCUGCAAGUGUGAGAGUAAGCAACGAGUUAGGUGCUGGGCAUCCCAAAACAUCAUUGUUUUCUGUUGUGGUAGUGAGUUUAGGCUCACUGAUCAUCUCAGUGGUCUUGGCUAUUGCUAUGCUCUUAUUGCGGCAUGUCAUAAGCUAUGCCUUCACUAGUGGUACCGCAGUUGCCGAAGCUGUUGCAGAGCUAUCUCCUUUCCUAGCAGGCACCAUCGUUUUAGGUGGAAUCCAGCCUGUUUUAUCUGGAGUGGCUGUUGGAUGCGGAUGGCAAGUAUUUGUGGCUUAUGUCAAUAUUGCAUGUUACUACGUCAUUGGUAUCCCAUUGGGCUGCGUUCUUGGUUUUACAUGCGACAUGGGUACGAAGGGAAUAUGGACUGGGAUGUUAGGAGGCACCAUUAUGCAGACUAUAGUCUUGCUAUGGGUAACAUUUCGGACAAAUUGGGAAAAAGAGGUGGAAAAAGCUCAGAAUCGUUUGGUUACUUGGAAUGACAUUAACGAACCUCUUUUGAAGGAGUAAAACAGGCAUUGGAGUAAAGUUAAGUUAUAGUAAUUUGGGAAGGAGAUAAAAAAAAAAUUUAAUUGACUUAGAUGUGUGAGAGACAUUGUUUUUAAGAUAUUUAUUUGUCUUACAUCAAAACAAACAACAGCUUCAAAACAUAAGUAAUAUGGAUUGUAUUAUUUUCUUUUUCAUCGGGCAAAAUGUUAUGAUGUGAAUUUUUG